AUGCAAAUCUUCGUCAAAACCCUCACCGGCAAGACCAUCACUCUUGAGGUCGAGUCAUCUGACACCAUCGACAAUGUCAAGUCGAAGAUUCAGGAUAAGGAGGGCAUUCCCCCUGACCAGCAGCGAUUGAUUUUCGCUGGAAAGCAGCUGGAGGACGGUCGCACUCUCUCUGAUUACAACAUCCAGAAAGAGUCCACUCUCCAUCUCGUCCUCCGCCUUCGUGGUGGCAUGCAAAUCUUCGUCAAGACCCUCACCGGAAAGACCAUCACCCUCGAGGUGGAGUCUUCUGAUACCAUCGACAAUGUCAAGUCGAAGAUUCAGGACAAGGAGGGCAUUCCUCCUGACCAGCAGCGCCUGAUUUUCGCUGGUAAGCAGCUUGAAGAUGGCCGCACCCUGUCCGACUACAACAUUCAAAAGGAGUCCACUCUCCACCUUGUCCUUCGUCUUCGUGGUGGUAUGCAGAUCUUCGUCAAGACCUUGACUGGUAAGACGAUCACAUUGGAGGUCGAGUCAUCAGAUACGAUCGACAAUGUCAAGUCAAAGAUCCAGGAUAAGGAAGGCAUCCCCCCCGAUCAGCAGCGUCUUAUCUUCGCCGGUAAGCAGCUUGAGGAUGGCCGAACCUUGUCCGACUACAAUAUCCAGAAAGAGUCCACCCUGCACUUGGUUCUGCGACUUCGUGGUGGUAUGCAAAUCUUUGUGAAGACCCUGACUGGUAAGACUAUUACCUUGGAGGUGGAAUCCAGCGACACCAUCGACAACGUCAAGUCCAAGAUUCAGGAUAAGGAAGGUAUUCCUCCUGAUCAGCAGCGUCUUAUCUUUGCUGGCAAGCAGCUGGAAGACGGUCGCACCCUUAGCGACUAUAACAUCCAGAAGGAGAGCACUCUGCAUCUCGUCCUGCGUCUCCGUGGCGGCCAGUAA